CGGUCUCCAGCGGGCGGCAGGGUGGGGGAGGAGGCGAGAACCCGGUUUGGUCCGUCCGUGGCACCCAGGGAACACCAAACGCACCACGGGACAUUUCCCACCACGGUUCGUCGGGAAAGCGGCAGUCAAUCCAGGACCCCAGAUCCACGUUGUCACAGUUUUGACAGUUGUCGGGCUGUUCAAUACGCACCACGAUUACAAAUUCACGACGUGCACGCAGCGCCGAGUUGCGAACACACGUUAAAUCUAUAACGUCAAUUACACAUUAAAAAAGAUUGCACGAUGUUCGUCAACCCGGUUAAAGCUCGGAAAUAAUUGUUAUUCGCGAAUUUUCCUUGCCCUUAUACCGCCUGUAAUAACCGAUCCGAGCCGAUAUAACGUACCGGUUCACGACGCGAAUCUGGCACCUACGGCCUGGAUCGAUAAUUACUAUCUACAUGUAUACCGAGACACAUCGACUUGUGGGAAAAAACAAAGUAAAGAAUUAAGAAGACCGCAAUUAAUUGUCAGUAAAAGUGCCGUGUGAUUGAUCGAUCUCGGGCCUUAUAGCAUCCGCCUCGAUUUCUGUAGCUUGCUGGCUCGCGAGCUGGAUAAAUGGCAGGCGAUCGGUUCGUGACGACGUAGUCGGUACCGAACGGGGUGCAGAGAAGAAGACGUGAUUUAUCGUUACAGUGACAGGUGUAAGCACAGUGUUAUUCCGAUAAACGGUGUGCCCUCCAGCUUCCGGAUCCACCGUCGUUCGCCACCCCUUGGUGCCAAUCGGCGAACGCGGUGACAGUUCGCGGUGACCCGGUUGCCGGUUGCUCAAUUCGCGACGUCCACGAGGCGCAGGGUGUGAUGCCCUGGUUAUGGCUACUACGCAGUGAGGCGAGACGAAAGAGGCGGACUGGGUCGGGAUCGCACCGAAACUGGGUCACACCAACGACGGACUGACCCUAUCGCACUGGGUCGGGAAGAUAUUAUGGUGAACGCUAAGAUCGCGAGGACAAGAUUCGAGCUGCGGUGGAUAUUGGUGUGCUUGGUACUGCUAUCGUUCUGGCUUCCUUCCUUGGGCACCGGCCUCGCCGAGGGCUGCGGCCCCGGAAGGGGUAGCAACCGACGACUACGUACCCGGAAGUUAACGCCGCUUGUAUUUAAACAACAUGUGCCCAACGUCAGUGAGAACACUUUGCCCGCCAGUGGACUUAGCGAGGGUCGCGUGUCCAGACACGACGCCAGAUUUCGCGACCUGGUGCCCAACUACAACCAGGACAUAAUCUUCAAGGACGAGGAAGGCACUGGUGCCGAUCGCCUCAUGACUCAGAGGUGCAAGGAGAAACUCAACACCCUGGCGAUAUCCGUAAUGAACCAGUGGCCUGGGGUAAAGUUGAGAGUUACGGAGGGCUGGGACGAGGAGGGAAAACACGCGACGGAUUCCCUUCACUACGAGGGAAGGGCUGUGGAUGUGACAACUAGUGACAGAGAUCGUUCCAAGUACGGGAUGCUUGCACGCCUUGCGGUCGAGGCUGGCUUCGACUGGGUCUACUACGAGUCUCGAUCACACAUUCACUGUUCUGUAAAGUCUGAAUCGUCGCUAGCCGGCAAAUCCGGGGGAUGUUUCCCGGGCAGGAGCAUCGUCAGGACAGAGGACGGUUUCAACAAGAGUCUGGAUCAGCUCGAAAUCGGGGAACGAAUAGCCGCACUCGAUUCUGCGGGGUCGAUCGUCUACAGCGAGGUGAUCGCCUUCCUGGAUCGGUCUCCGGAAGAGAGGAGACAGUUCGUCCGAAUCACGACGGCAUCCGGUCGUGCCCUGACCCUGACGCCGUCUCACCUGGUCCCCGUGUCCCUGGAGUCCGGCAGGACGACGGAAUUCGCCGCGAAGGUUCGCGUCGGCGACCAGAUUCUGGUUCGCGAGGGCGAUCGGGGGGUCGAAACUCUCAGGUGGGACAGGGUGGCGAGCACGCGCCUUGUUCUCGAGGAAGGGAUCUUCGCCCCGCUGACAACCGAGGGCACGGUCCUCGUCGACGACGUCGUGGCGUCCUGCUACGCCGUCGUCGACAGCCAAUUCGUCGCCCAUUACGCCUUUCUGCCGAUGAGGAUUUGGACGAACGUCAGAUCAGGGGUCGCCAGAAUCGCUCGAAUACUCGUCGCCCCGCUCUCGGCCUGGAGCGAAUUCCGGCCCGGACUUGGCGAGGACCACGAAGUUAAGGAUCUCGAAAAGACUCCGUCGGUCAACGCGAUGAGGUUUCAGCCAAGAGGUGUUCACUGGUACGCCUCGAUGCUCUACACAGUUUCGUUCUACGUACUUCCCACAGAUAUGCUGUACUAAUUUAUUUCAACGAUUUUGAAGAAAUUUCUAACGCGAAAACGGUUCGUCGAGAAGCUCCCUAUCUCCUUUCCCCUUUUGUACGUACUUUCGACGUGGACAUACUCGAUCGCCCAAUUUAAGAUCUGCACUCUCUGACCCCGUUUGUAGAUCCCCAGUUACCCUGUGUGAUGUGCAAAAACUGAUGAACCAUGUUUACCCCCAUUCAUUCAAAUGGGUUCGAAAUCCCCGUUUGCCAAUCCGUUCAAUUGCAGUGAAAUCUGACUGACGAUCCGUUCAGUUCAGCGUCACAGAUUCGCACAGAGGAAGAAAACAACUAGACCAAUUGUCUUAACUAUUGUCCUUGGCACUUGUACGGAUCGCAUCGCAAUCAAUUGGCAAUUGUUGGGCUGCGGUGCACCUCGAGUAACAUUCGUCAAAACGAGACUCUAAGUCGAGCUGAAAGACCGUCAGCGAAAAGUGACGGUGUAUAUUCUAUAAUAUACUUUAUCGUAACUACCUAUGCAAUAUGUAUACGUAUCGUAUCGGCAUUAUAAUGUACUUUACCAUUUUAUCUGUCGUGUAUGCAUAUUGUUAUUUUUAUUAUUAUUAUUAUUAUUAUUAUU